UUAAGAUCUCAUUCUUUUCCUCUCGCGAUAUUUCGCGAGUAUCAGAGCUAUGGCAAUAGAAAACACUUUGUUCUUAUCCUCUCGCGAUAUUUCGCGAGUAUCGGAGCUAUGGCUAUAGAAAACACAACGGGCAACAAUGAUUUCGCGACGAUUUACACAAGAGACAGUCUGGCCAAUGACUCGUGUCAGGAAUAUGACAGUGCUCAGGCGAGGGUGUUUAAGAUAAUCGUUAUUGGGGAUUCAAAUGUUGGGAAGACGUGUCUAACUUUCCGCUUUUGCGGUGGUAAAUUUCUCCAAAACCCCGAGGCAACAAUCGGAGUAGAUUUCAGAGAGAGAACCCUUCAACUUGAUGGAGAAAACAUAAAGUUGCAGAUCUGGGACACGGCGGGACAGGAGCGCUUCAGGAAGAGUAUGGUGGAGCAUUACUACAGAAACGUCCAUGCCAUCAUCUUUGUGUAUGACGUGACCAGUCUGGCUUCAUUUGAGAGUCUGCCGGAGUGGAUUGAGGAGUGCAGCCGUCACUCAGUUCCUCCCAUGGUCCCCCGCAUCCUAGUUGGGAACAAAUGUGACUUGAGAGGAAUGAGAGAGGUGUCCACGUUUUUAGCUCAGCGACUGGCUGAUAGCUACAACUUCCCGCUUUUUGAGACAUCUGCAAGAGACCCUGUGGAAAAAGAGCGUGUAGAUGCCAUUUUCCUCACUCUGGCCUACAAGCUGAAGAAUCGCAAGCCACUGAGACUGAAACAGCCAAGUGAGAGCAGCUUCAUACAGCUCGCUGGUGAACAGGAGGAGAACACACCCUGUUUAUGCUAAUGCACUUUGGCCCAUACAGUUUCAUGCAAUAAAUUAGGGUGACGUUCUGAAUGAAGUUAAGGCAGAAAGAGUGAUUGGGAGAUAUACAGUACAGUAUAUGUCUAUAGGAUUUCAUUUGGUGUAUGUGCAGUUUACAAAUGACUUUGGAAGUGUAAACUAUGGAACAAUUGGACAUUUAUGAGGGUUUUGUUUUGUUAAUCCACAUAUUACGAAGCAAGUGAUGCCAAUAUGUCUUACUAUUAUUUAAGAGUGAUAUUAACUCUCCAGAAACACGCUCAAUGACAUGAAGAGCCUGUUAUAAUAUUUUCAGUCUGUAAUAACUUUGCAUGUUGUUUCACUGUAAUAUUUAAUGUUUAUGGAUCUAUCAUUACAAUUUCUCGUAGGUUGCUAUGGUGAAACUUCUAAAGGCAAUCUUGUAUCAGAAACACAUCGGUCCUCAUUAUUGUGCACUGUUAGCGUUCUGUUAUGUUUAUGGUUACAGAUCAAUUAUUAUUAUAUUUACUCUGCACUUCAUUCGAACUUUUUAAUUCGAAAGCAUAUAUUGCAUGCAAGCUCAAUCUAAACUGUGGUGUAAUGCAUUACUAAAGCUAUAACUGACUCCAUCAUGAACACUAGUGGGCGCCACUGUCAAGGCAUUCAGAGCAUUAUGAACUACUAUGAUGAAAAUUAGAUUAAAAACAAGGGAAAACACACUUUAUUAUAAAUGAGAGCACGUAUAUCCUCAAUGCAUUUGUGAAACACAGUGAUAUGCAACAUAUUAGUGAUGUUUGAUGUCUUUUGCAAGCAAAUCCAUGCUUCAAUAAGACUUCAACAUAUCUCAAAGGCUUGAUUUCAUUUUUUUUUUAAUCAUUUUUUUGGGGAUCGACAACCCUUUUUGUAAGCAAGAGCAUUUGGAAAACAGGGACUGUAUUGCACUUUAAAUUGGGAUUGUAUCAUGUCUGAAGUUUGUCUCGAUUAUUCAGUAUCGUGUAUAAUUUGAGAAAAAUGUCAUUGUAGUUUGCAGUGACUGUCAGAUGUGUUCUGGAAGUGAAUAUGGAAAUAAAA